CGGGGAUGCGCUACAGAAAACAUGCCACCUCCAUGGAAGUCUUGAUUGUUUUUGAACAAGUUUCUCUAUUUUAUCUUUAUGUUCUCUUCAACGGCUAUGAUGUUUUAUACAUUUGUUUUCAGUUCUCACUGACUAUGUAAGUCUCCCUUGUUCGGUGGUGGUUAAGAACACUAACACUUGCUUUCACUAAGUUCUGUUUAGCCAUUAACUGCAUCUUUUUUGAGCUGCUGCCAACAAAACAUCAGAGGCCAGGUGCUCUCUUUGCCACAGAGGACACUGGCAUCAUUGGGAACCAGACUUCCCAGUGCUAGGAACGCAAUCUGUUUAGCUAGUUACACUACUUGGAAGUCCUAGAUCCUGUUCUAAUUAAAAUGUUAAUGCUGCCUCUCACAUUGAUGGAUGUUCUUGAACUGUAAGCAGUACAUACAGUGCUGGGCAGAUACCACCCUUCAUUUCAUGAAUUUCCAGUCAAAAUGGCCAUUAAGUACAGGUUAUUCAUUUUUAAGAAAAUAUUUCUGAGGAGGUUAGAUAUAAGAUAAUCCAGCCGGAUGAGGAAGGAAGUGGAAAGUUAAAGGAAAAUAAAUGGGAAACGUUUCCAAAACUGAAGUUCAAGACAUAAAGAAAAUGGGACUCCUAACAACUGUGCAAAACCUGGCUGACCACCAAAACAGUGACCAUCAGAUGAACAGUGCUUAAGGCUUUCUGAUAAAUUCAAGUGAAUCUUGAAUCAAAUGAAGCUUUAAUGUAACUUCCACAGGUGUUUCUGUCCACCAAUCCACUGUGGGAAGACAACUGAAUGUUAUGGGUCUGAAAGGAUGUAAAACUGUCAUGAAGCCAUUACUGAGAAAAUUAAUAGACAAGAAAGAUGAAAAUUUGCAAAUCAAACAAAGAAGCUGCUGGUGUUUUCAGAACAAUGGUCUGACCACCCUCGAGUCCAUACUUCAACGUCGUUGAAUAUGUUUGAUAUUACUUGGAUCAGAGAAUCAGCAAGUGCAACCAAGGUCUAAGACUGAACUUUGUAGGUGUGGUAAAAUAUCACUGUUAUAGGUUAGAGUUUGCUAGGCUGUGUGUUACAGAGCAUGUGAGUUUGCAUGUGCAUUGCUGAACUGCUGUUUGCACAGGCACCUGCUGUAGAUCCAUUCGAUGCCUUGGCUGGCAGUUUGCCAUCCUCAGAGCCUGUGGCUCCUAAAGGUCCUCAGUAUACUGGACCAGAGAUCAAAGAGCCUAGCCUAACCUCAGAAGAGGCUAAACGCUGUGGGGAGAAAGAGCACACGCUGCCACCUGGAUAUAGAAAGGAAGACAUGGAAAAGAAGAUGCCUGCUGGAAAACCAGAUAAGCCCAAGGAAGUUUCCAAGCCAUUAACAGAGGAUGAUGCCUUGGGCUCUCUGUCUGCUGGUUUUGUAUCAUCUGCAGUUCCAAGUGCACCAAAGUCACAAGCGACUCCACCCAUCUCUCCUGCUAAAGCUCCCACUGUGAGCGCAGGGAGUGGAGCAAUGAGUGGAAAAGGAGGAGCAGGAGCAACAGGUGGAGGAGCUGCGGCAGGAAAGCCCAAUGCAGACCCUGUUAAGCCCAAAGAUACUUUAAAAGACAAACCCCAGAGCACCGUGAUUUCAUCCUCCAAACCGGAACCACCGAAGGUGACAUCCACAGGAGUGGCUAAGCCCUCUGCCACUGCUAACGUCUCUGGAAGCGCUACCCAAAAAGAUGAUAUUAAAUCAAAAGAAGCCAAGGUGCAUUCGGAAGCAGCUCCUCCAGCAGCCAAGGCCAGUGCACCGGCGCCUGCUGUAGAUCCAUUCGAUGCCUUGUAUGGCAGUUUGCCAUCCUCAGAGCCUGUGGCUCCUAAAGCUCUUCAGUAUUCUGGACCAGAAGUCAGAGAGCCUAGCCUAACCUCAGAAGUGGCUUUUCGCUGUGGGGAGAACGAGCACACACUGCCUCCAGGGUACAGAUGGGGAGACAUGGAAAAGAAGGUUCCUGCUGGAGUAUCAGAUAAGCCCAAGGAAGUUUCCAAGCCCUUAACAGUGGAUGAUGCUGUCGACUCUCUCUCUGCUGGAUUUGUAUCAUCUGCAGUUCCAAGCGCACCAAAACCAGAAGCGAAGGCUGAAAGUGUGACUGCUGCCCAGUCAAAGAAUGCUCCUCCUCCCCCUGCUCAGAAAAGGCAAGAUGUGACUGUACCUACAAAUGUAUCCCCUGCUCCCCCUGCUGACAAGAAAGCAAAGGUAGAGAAGGGAGACUCAAUCUCUUUGGAUGCUUUGAGUGCUCUGGAAGACACACUGCCUGCUGCAAAGCCAGCACCGGAAUCCCCAAAACUCAGACCUGAGGACAUUAUUGAUGAGAAGAAGGCCAAGGCAGAGAAAGGUGUGCGUGUAGGUGAGAGAGAGGAUACUCUUCCACCUGAUUACAGAUUCUCAGAGGAGAAGUACAAGGAGCGACCGGCUCCACCAAAGGAGCCUUCCAUGGACUCAGCUGAAGCUCUGGAUAUUCUUUCUGGAGAUUUCACCAUCCCCUCUGUAGCUCCUGCAGUCCAGGCCCCUGUUCCUCCCUCUGCCCCUGCCAAACAGCAACCUAAAAUAGAGGACUUGUCAGCUCUUGAACAACUAGCAGGUGAUUUUGUGGCUCCUGCCCAAGCCAAAAAGGUAGCUUCUGUUGCUCCUCCUGGCCCCCCUCCUCCUAAAAGCACUGUGGGACCAACCUCAGAUGAGGGAGACCCAAUGUCUCUGGAUGCUCUCAGCGCACUUGGAGACACACUGCCUACUGCAAAACCAGUUCCAGAAUCUCCUAAACUCAGACCUGAGGACAUUAUUGAUGAGAAGAAUCUGACAUCAGAGAAGGGUGUGCGUGUGGGUGAGAGAGAGGACACGCUGCCACCAGGCUACAGAUUCUCUGAGGAGGCAUCCAAGAAGUACCCUGCCCCCCCAAAGGAGCCCUCCUUGGACUCAGCUGAAGCUUUGGAUAUUCUGUCAGGAGGUUUCACCAGCUCUUCAGUCGCUCCUGCAGUCCAGGCACCCGUUCCUCCCUCAGCUCCCCCUGCAGAUAGCUCAGUGGAUUUUGCCCUAGAGGAGCUUGCAGGUGACUUUGUUGCACCCACAGCUGCAUCUAAGGUCCAUUCUGCUGUAACAGCCCCGCCAAAAGUUGACAGACAAUUGUCAGAAGGUACAGCUUCAGCAAUGGACGCUCUCUCAGACACACUGAUGGACAUUCGCCCUGCGCCGCAGCCAGUGCCAGUCGCUCCCAAAGACAUUGUUAAGGAGAAGGAGGCAGUAGAAGAGAAGAUCACUAAGGCUGGUGAGAGAGACGACACCCUUCCACCUGACUAUCGGCCCACAGAGGCAGACAUCAAGGCGGCUGCAGAAGCUAAGGCCAAAGCUAAGGCAAAUGUCCCACCCAAGCAGACAUCUAUGGAUGAGUCAGCAGCGCUUGAUGCGCUAUCCAGUGACUUCUCUGCUCCUCCAGUAGCGGCACCUGCUGCUGCUGUGGCCCCACCUUCUUCACAUCCACACGCCCCUCCAGCAAAGACACCACCUACCCACUCUGCACCAGCGACAUCAGGACCAGUACUGGACAAACUGGCAACCACACUGCUCCCAGACUUGCCUGAGACAAAACCAAAAGAAAGCAAACCAAAGGUUAAGGGUGGAAAGUCAAAGUCUAAACCAAAGAAACCUGCAGUAGAUGAUGUGCCAGCGUCAGGUCACCUCUCUGGUCAGCCGAGCACAGACGUGGUGUCCACUUCCCCCACAAAGAAAGGCGGAAAGAGCUAGAUCUCAUGUUGCUGCCACACUACAUCUCCCUGCCACACAUAGAGAUGCCAAUCAAAGGAGCUGCUCAUACUAAUGUGUAUUAUCUGUUAUGGUAGAAAGGUGUAUAGAAAUUUAACUGCACAGUUUUACGCAGACAGACACUUUAAACACCAACAUGCAUCGGCCCAUAUUUGUCAGUCUUCCCAAAGUAAGAAUUCUGAUCUGGGAUCAGCUUCGCCAGACAAGAACUGAUCCUAAAUCAGCAAAGCGGACUCUGUGAAGUUUGAGAAGUAUGUGUUUUGAGUAAUUCCUUGCUUGGUUUAACCCAUGACAGAAUGUUUUUUUUUGUUGUUUUUGAUUUAUAUUUGAAGUAUAAAGGUAAAGGUAAAAAGGGGAUAAAUAUCUUUAUUACUGACGGAGUAUCUGUUCAACCCUGUGUUUGUAGUGAUGGAAGGACACUGAGGUGCUCCCUUCAUCACUGUAUUAGUUUAGUAUCACUUCAAGAAGUGCCAUCUGGAUUAAACCUAGUAUACUGCAUGAAUUCAUUUUGUAUCAGGGGUAUCUCUGCAGACUUGUUGUACACAAAAAAAAGUUUUAUAUAGCUGUUUGAAAAGCCAUGCACCUGGAGACACUAGUGUACAGCACUUCCGUUCUAGUUUACAUCCUCUAGUUUACAGUAGAGAGCUGUAUUAAAGGCGUUUGAGUAAAUGGUCUUUUGGAUUAUGAUGUUGAUGAUUGAAUGCUGUUGAAUGUAGUUCUUUGUGGCUACAUGAUGUCUGAAUAUAUUUGUGCAGAAGGGCUUUCCUGUGUAUCUUGUUUCAAAGGGUUGUCUUGGUUUUCUGAAGUGCGCUUGCAAGAUAUAGUGUCUCUCACUGUUGCUUGCAGAAUGGCUCUUAUAUCUUAGCACUGAAAAAAGCAGGAGGAGUAAAAGAGAUUACUGGCAAUCAAAUAAACUUCCUUUUAGCACUAGUAAAGCUGUCAUGUGGUUUGAAAGUAUGAAUCUUGUAAUACCACCUGACCUUGGCCUGUAGCAACACCACGCUCGCGAUGUUCUCAGCUUGAGUAGGAUGUGGCAUACCAAUUAUGAGUCUUUGUUUCAUUUUCAUUUGAACCGACACUCAUUUAAACAUCUGCACUACAGCAAGAACAGCCAGACCGUUACUGCAUGUUGUAUUUUCUAAACAUGAAAUUCACCUUCAGUCCCAAAAGUCUUCCAAAAACAUGCCAUGUUGUUUCAUCCCCUGCUGUAGGUCUUGUUUUGCCAAAGUGAUCAAGAUAGACUUAGUCUUCCUCUCGUGGUGAUAUCGUCUAUACAAUAUCGUGCCUUUCUUUUGAAGUGCAAUGCUCUUAUUCUAACCCAGGGACAGCGUUAUGGAGGAGGGAUUUUCUUCUGAUUAAAUAAAAAAAGUCAAUGGACAUGUUUGA